CAUCAGCCAGCUCUUGCCUUUAGGAGAGAGACUGAGGACAGAUAAGACCGAAUCCAAUCCCUGAUACUGCAGGAAAUCCCAGGGCCGAGCUAUUCGCACAUGACAACAGACAAUGGAGUUGGCAGGAUCAAACUUGUUGCAGCUGAUCUGAAAGUUGUGUUGCUGCAGCCUUUUCUUUCUUUCUUUUAUUUUUCCUGUCUUGUAAUGAUAGUUUCCUUCUUUGUCCUUGAAUGGUGUGUUCCGGGGAAAGUAUUUAGUGGUGCCUUAUGGAAGAGUGCAGUCCUCUGUCCCCCAAAGCCAAUGCUUUCAGUAUCGCCUCUCUGAUUUCAGCUUCAGAAGAAGUGGGCACAGAGGAGCCCAGCGCUGCCCUGGACAAGCUCUGCAGAUUCCAGUGUCACCCUAUGAGAAUGCACUUCAGUGCUGUGACCAGGGAUAUGGAGGCUUUUACAGCCAACAGCCUGAGCAGCCUGAACGCUUCGGGGGGCUACCACCUCUCCCCGUCCCCGGGGGACCCCUACAGCCAACAUGAAGCCCACUAUGAGCAGUGCUCAGCCGCCCAACACUCCUACAGCUUCGGCCCCCCGGCCUCCAGCCACCCGUGUCCUGAACCCGAAGCCUCGUCCUCCAGCUGCUCGUCCUCCUCAACCCCGGGCACCGGCAAGGCUCCGAUCAAGAAGAACCCCAAGGUGGCCAACAUCACCGUACAGCUGGAGAUGAAGGCUCUGUGGGAUGAGUUCAACCAGCUGGGCACCGAGAUGAUCGUCACCAAGGCUGGAAGGCGGAUGUUUCCCACCUUCCAGGUGAAGAUCUUCGGGAUGGAUCCCAUGGCCGAUUACAUGUUGCUGAUGGAUUUCGUACCGGUGGACGACAAACGUUACAGGUACGCCUUCCACAGCUCCUCUUGGUUGGUAGCAGGCAAAGCUGACCCGGCCACCCCAGGGAGGGUACACUACCACCCGGACUCCCCAGCCAAAGGCGCCCAGUGGAUGAAGCAAAUCGUCUCCUUUGACAAACUGAAACUGACAAACAAUUUGCUGGACGACAAUGGCCAUAUCAUCCUGAACUCCAUGCACAGAUACCAGCCCCGCUUUCAUGUGGUGUAUGUGGACCCCAGGAAGGACAGCGAGAAAUAUGCAGAAGAGAACUUUAAGACUUUUGUGUUUGAGGAAACCCGAUUCACCGCAGUGACUGCCUAUCAGAACCACAGAAUAACCCAACUUAAAAUUGCUAGCAAUCCCUUUGCGAAGGGCUUCCGGGACUGUGACCCAGAAGACUGGCCUAGGAAUCAUCGGCCAGGAUCUCUUCCUCUUAUGAGUGCGUUUGCAAGGUCUAGGAAUCCUGUUUCAUCACCUCCACAGAAUGGAAGUGACAAAGGCUACACUACCCUACAGGAACAAGCAGAAUUAUUCAGUUGCGUACCUUUCACGAGCCUCUGCCACUAUACGUGUCAAAAUAGAGAUGGAGACAGCAGAAGGGAGUAUGAAAGGGAUACCAGUGGCACGCCAUUACACGGGGACGCAGCUCACCAGCAACUCAUGUCUAGAGUUCUUAGUCCUUCACUUCCUGUACCAGGUGGACUUGUGCCCCUUAGCACUGGCAGGCCCAGUCCCCCUCAUGAACUGCGUCUGGACCCACACUCUCAAGGUUCAGAACCUCUUCAUCACCACCCAUACAAGUAUCCAACAACCUACGAUCACUAUUUAGGAGCAAAAACCAGACCGAGCCCCUAUCCCUUGCCAAGCAUUAGAGGACAUGGCUACCAUCAUCACCAUAUGAACCCAGCAGCAGCUAACAUGUAUUCCACAGCUGGUGCACCAAGCAGUUAUGAAUAUGGGCCAAGAUAACAACCAAUGGAACAAAACAAUCUUACUGACAACUAUUUAAAGUUAUUAGACAAUGGAUGUUUUAUGCAUGAUUUUAAUUGUUCAGUAGUGUAUGCUUUGGAUAUUACAUUACUGUUUAAAUUAAACUUGCCCUCUCCCUAAACUCAAUAGGGCAGACCUUCAGUUUCCAUUGUGAUUGUGACAGCAGCCAUCAAACAAGCUGGGUCUUCCACCUAAUCCUGCUGGGGCUGUUAUAACAAUAUGUCAGGAGGAAGGACAAGCUCUACCAACAAAGGCACUUGGGAGGUGUCAUUGACUUGCUGUGAUGCUGUGCAGUGGGUGCACACAGUGACAAGCUAGGAAUAAUAAAGUGGAAUUCAGUACGUGUUCAGUUCUACCAAUGCUACUGGAUGGGAAAAAGCAGCUUCAGCCACCUCAUCUGCACUGUUGGAUGACUGUAUCUUUCAGACUUACUUACAAAAGGGCAUUGACUUCUGCAAGGUCAGCUGCACUAUUCUUGCAUAAAUGAAGCCAUAUGCUUUUGUUGCUGUGCUCUUUGAUUGUAUUUUGUGAAAAUAAAUGUACAGUAUGGUUCUGUGUAUGCUCAGUGGCAAAGGAACUGUGAGGUAUUAAGAUACUUUUUUAUUUUCACUAUUUUGGAGAGUGAAGUGUUGGCUGCACUAUUGUAAAUUAAAUUGCACAUUCUGUGCUAUUAAACUACAACCAUGUGAAUUAUUGCUGUAUAUCUUAUGUUCCUUCGACAAACUAGCAAUCCUGUAAAAUAAAACUCAGGUGUUAGUAAAGCCUUCAUCAAACCCAAUAAGAAUUCACAGGUGCCACAUCCCUAUAGAGUAACAUCAAAAUAAAAUGAAUAUAUGGAAUAGGACUUGAAUUAGAAUCAGGAGUUGGGCCACAAUAUAAUACAAUUUAAUUACAUAUAUUUAUUGAUAUACAGCCUUAAAGACCAAAUGGUCUAAACAUGAUAAAAACAACAAUGCAGUGAGCAUAUUUUAUAAACCACCACAUAUGUAGUACAUAACAUCUUCAACACAUGACAUGUAUAAGGGAACCCAAUGCGUUUCAACUCAAAAAGUUGUAAGUCUUUUUCAGGGGGUUGGUACAGUGGUGAGAUCUGUAACAUAAAUACCUAUAAAUAACAAAAAACAAAAAGUAGAAAUUUACAAAAAA